AUGGCUAGGUCGCGAAGUAGGUCUUCGUCGGGUGCUAUUCGUUCUAGGCGCCGACGGUACCGUUCCCCGUCAAGAGACAAAGGCAAACCUAGAAAGCGUGAGCGAGACCGGGAUCGUAUACAUAAAACUAGUGAUCGGCCAUACAGAAAUAGCAAUCGGUCAGAACAUCGUCGCAAACGCGGAAGCUCCUCCUCUUCAUCAAACGACGAAAAAAGGCUUAAAAAAUCGCACCUUAGGGAUAUUGAUAAGAAAAUACGAGAGGCCAGGAAAAAGGAAGAAUAUGAGAAACGAAUGUCUGAACAGCGAGAGAGAGAACGUCGAGAACAGGAAGAUAGAGAACGUGAGCAAGAGGCCGCGCGUCAGUUGGAAGCGCGAGUUACGGAAGCCUUCGAGUCAGCUUUAGUGGAUCGGGCCGCAGACCUAAGGGCAGAACUGGAGCGUCUUUAUCAGGCAGAAAUUGACAAACGUGUCCAACAAAAGAUGGAAGAAAUCGAACGUGAAAUCCUACGGGCUCAUGAAGAAAAAAGACGCGUUGAAGUAAUUUUACGUUUAUCACUGCGUCCUUAG